UCCAGCAGUAGUGGACAUACCAAGUCAGCUAAAAACUCCAAAAAUACAAAUUCCAUAUUAAACCAAAAAAAACACAACUCAUAAAAAUGAAGUGCGCCAUUGUCUUCGUUGUGAUCUCCGUGAUCUUCAGUUUGAGCCUGAUCCAAGCAGCUCCCAUCAAUGAAAAAAUCCAGGAUCCAGGAUUCGUUUCGGCCACGGAUAUUACAGGCGAACCAGUACGAACCAAGCGAGCCAGUGCGGAUUAUUACCAGGGCGAUUACUUCAUCUGCUACCCUAAGAGUGCAGUCUAUGGAAAAAAUGGAUAUGGCUUCAAUCGCAGAUCCUACGAUUCGGAUGACUAUGCUCCACACUACCUCUCUGAUGAUCCUUUGGUCGUCCGCCAGGCUCGUGCUGAUGCCAGACGUGCCGCCUACACUGACAGCUUUGGCAAAUAAGUCAGCCUUUAUUAUAUAGCGCAUGAUUACCAAAAUGACAUCUAAAUAUCUACAAAGUUAGGGAAAUGCACAGGUCUAGCUUGUAACGUUGUACAAAUAUUAUUUUUACUAUUAUUUAUUGAAAAGAAAUAAAAUUAUUAUACAAAA